GGGAGGGAGGGAGCUGGCAUGGGGGCUCACUGAGCUCAGCAAACUUGCUUCUCGUUCCUUCACUCUUCAGCGGCAGUCUGCCUCCAGCACGCUCGCAGUUUAGCGUCUGAAAUGCACUUGACUGGACUCUGCGGGACUUCUUCAUCCUGUGAAGUCAUGGCUCUGCGUCUGCAUUUACCGACAGUGCGUCACUGAACGGAUCCAGCGGGCUUUUUCUUGGAGAGACUUUGGCCCUAAAUGACUUUCAUUUGUCUUUAACUUACAUUGGACUUAAUGAUGGAGCAUUUAUUUUACCUGCUUACCUUCUUACUAGCCCGUGCGUGUUCUGGUCUGGGAUACGCGGAGUCUACAGUUCCAGCGGGUCAGAGAGCGGCGAGCAGACACAGGAACUGGUGUGCUUAUGUGGUGACGCGCACGGUUAGCUGCAUGAUGGAGGAUGGCGUGGAGACGUACAUCAAGCCGGACUAUCAGCGCUGUGCCUGGGGACAGUGUCCUCGAGUGGCCUAUCGGACGUACAGGAGACCAAGAUAUAAAGUAGCUUACAAGAUGGUGACAGAAAUGGAGUGGAGGUGUUGCCAUGGUUACGCCGGGGAGGACUGCCACAGUGGACCACAGGGGACACCUGAGACUGGUGUCACAGACACUGGCUACAACACAGGUGGUGGGCAGCGGGGAGGAGAAGGAGACACAGAGAAGAUCAGACAGCUGGAGAACACCAUUCAUGGCCUGACCAAAGACCUCAACAACAUGCAGACCACCAUCAAUGGCAUAAACCAGAGGCUGCACGGGCUGACUGGGGCCAUUGUCCCUGCAGAUUCAGCUCAGCCACACAUGAAGGAAACCAUCAACAGCAUCCAGACAAAGCUGGAUCAUCUCUAUAACAGAACACAGGCACAUGAUCAGACGCUGCUUACAAUCAACAACCACCUGGUGAAUGGAGGAGGCAAUGAGCUGGAUGGAGCAGGCAGAGGAGGAGCUGGAGGUGACCAGCUGAACAUCCUAAAGGAAGAGAUACUGACACAGCUGGAGAGGAGGGUGUCUCUGUCCUGCUCUUCCUGUCAGGUCGGCGUGGAGGACCUGAGGCGCCAGCAGCAGGAGGACAGGGACCGGAUCACAGCCCUGGAAAAGAGGAUCAGCUCCAUAGACCAGCACUUGAGGCAAAGCUUGGAAAUCUCUCGCAGUGAGACCGAGCGCUCACAGGCCUGCUGCAACACAGUCACUGAGCUGGGAAGGAGGCUGUCUGAUGUCGAAGUCCGACUCACCUCCACUGCAAACAAGUGUGACGCUAUUAAAGGGCGGCUGGAUAAGGAGCUCGCUGGGAUGGGUGGAGGAAAGGGGAGAGUGACAGAGGACCGGUUGAACGGCAGGCUAAGAGAGCUGGAGAAGAGGAUGAAUACCACAAUGAGGAAGACGGAGCAGAGGUGUACUAACACCGGGAACAACAUGAAAGAAACUGUGCAGAGAGACGUCACUCAGCUGCGAAACUCGGUCCUUGUUCAGCUCGAUGACCACAGCUACAAGAUCGGUAAAGUAGAGCUGGAUGUGGCUGUUCUUGGAGACACGGUCAAAGACCACAGUCGACGUUUAAGCCAGCUGGAGAACAUCACGACCUUCCUCGACAGACGGCUAACAUCAACCACAGACAUGUGCAGAGACGCCUGCGGGCCGAACGCAAGAGACCGGACAAGUGAUGAAACUGUGAAAACUUUGGAGUGGAGGGUUGUGGCCAACCAGGAUGAGAUCCAGAAGUUUAACACCAAGCUGAACAACCUCUCGGUGUCAGGAGACUCGCUGCUUGAGAGAGUGAUUAACUUAACAACUGAUGUGAAAAAGAUAACAGCUGUGACCGGGAAGGAUGGCGAGCACUUCAACAGGAUCUUCACCGAAGUGGAAACUUUGGGCCACGAUUUUAAGGAGUGUUUGAUAUGCAGCACUAUAGAAAAGGACCUGCUCACAUUUAAAAACUCCACCACAAUCAGCCUCAACAGAUGCCAGACGGAACUGACGGAUCUGCGGAGAAAAGUCGACUUGGGAGAAUCCGUCUGCUCUCAGGUUUGCUCCAACCUGCAGGAGGAGGUGGGACGACUCAGAGAGGACGUGGAGGAGUGCACGGUACAGUGUAAAACCAACAUAAAUGAUCUAAAGAAACGUCUGGAAGGUCAUACUGUACAUAGUGGAAAAUUAGGAGGGGAUCUGAAGUCUAUCCAAGGAGAGCUGGCUGAGGUCAUGGAUACUUUUAGCUCCAUUAAUGACACUCUGAAGGGCCUGGGAAGGACUGUGCAGACACACGGGCACACGAUAACAGAUCUGACCCACGUUAAGAACAAUAUCAUCGUUGAGGUGAACAACCUGCAAACGGACCUGGAAGACCACGUCGCUGACUCAAACACUCGAUUCAGUGAUCUGGGCAGAGAGAUCCAAAUAAUUAGGAGCAACCAUGUGACUGAGAUUGGGGAGUGCCAGCGGUCCAGUGACGGCCUAGAUCGAAGGCUCUCCAACCUCGAAAAAGUGUCUGGACGCUUCGACUCGUUUUCCGGAAAGCUGGAGGGCAUCAAGGAGGGCUUGGACCGACAUGUGUCUGGGCUGUGGAACUCCGUUAAUGGACUCAAUGUCACAGUUACAUCUCAAGGAAAUGCUAUUGAAAAUAUCCAGAACGUCCAGCUGCCUCAAAUCCACUCCAACAUACACAAGCUGAACUCUUCAGUGGUCGACUUGGUCAGAGACUUCCACAGAUUCAAAACACAGGACUUUAAGGGUCCACCUGGUCCACCUGGGCUCCGAGGAGAGCAAGGGCCCCGGGGUCCGAUGGGACCCGAAGGGAGGAUAGGACCUCAGGGCAGAGAUGGCGAACAGGGACUAAUGGGACCCCCAGGUCUCAGAGGCGAACAGGGUCCUCCAGGCUCCGAUGCCCACGUGCCACGCCUUUCCUUCUCUGCUGCCCUGACCCGCCAGAUGAGAAACACGGGAACCAUAGUGUUCAAUAAAAUCUUUGUCAAUGAAAAUAACGCCUACAAUCCCAAAACAGGUUAUUUCACAGCUCCUGUGCGUGGGAAGUACUUCUUCAGUGGCAUCCUGACAGGCCACAAAAACAUAAAGAUCGAGGCAGUGCUGUCCAAGUCCAACAUUGGUGUGGCCCGAGCGGACUCGGCCGGAUAUCAGCCUGAAGGCCUGGAGAAGCCCAUGGCUGAGACAAAGCACAUCCCUGGAGCGUUAGCUGUCUUUAACGUCAUCCUGCCCAUGGAGGAAGGGGACACGGUCUGUAUCGACCUCGUAACUGGGAAGCUGGCCUACUCCUCUGAACCUCUGACCAUCUUCAGUGGGAUGCUGCUCUACGAGACGGUCUGAUUGGAUGUGUAAAAAUCCUGAGCGUGAGAGCUUCUGAUUUGUCCAAGAGACAGUGCCACUGAGAAACUGAGAUCAUUGGACUGGAUCUAUCCAGCAAGAAAAUGGCUUAUAUUUGACCUUCAGUGCCAGGAGGGGUACCAGAAGUCCUUUGUAACCACAGUCGUUUGUUUUGUGUUUCACAGCUUUAAGGAAAACUAUUUUAAGCAAGAGCCAUUGGUGUGUUUUUGUAUCCUGAAGAAGCCACUGCAUGGUUAUCUUAUAAUGUCACAUUUUCAUGUAAUUCUAUUAACGUGAGUUUACAGCAAAACAACACAACAUGCAGCUUUCAGUAGUUUUUAAAGGGACCUACUAAUAUUUUCAUAUGCAUACAACCAAUCCCCCCCCCACACACACACACACACGAACACAAAAAUGGCACAUUGUGUAAAAUUGAAAUAAAAACAGAACACAAUAUCACUCUAUCCCUCAUCUUUAAAAAGCUGGGAGUUUUUGGGAGAGGAUUGUUUUCCCAUUGGUGUCUGUUAGAGGAUCCAGGCUGCUCAACAGUCCUGGCUCUUCUCUUUUGCACUGUAAUAGAUGCAUUAUGCAGCUUAGCAUUGUCUAAGGCCUUCCCUGAAAAAGAUGUCUGGAUGGGAACACGUGCUGAUCUAAUACCUUUAUGUAUUUCAUAGGUACAGAUGCGCCUCCACACCAUCAGAGAUGCAGGACUUUAAACUGAGAGCUGCUGACAAGCCGAAUGGUGCCUCUUCUCUUUUCUUCAGACGACACGGCAUCCGUGUUCUCCAAAAAGAAUUUCAAAUUUCAGUUCUUCCAACCACAGUUUUUCCACUUUGCCUCAGUCUAUUUUAAAUGAGCUUUGGCCCAGAGGAGUUUCUGGAUCAUGUUCGUGUAUAGAGCUUUAUCCUGCAUUUGUGGAUGUCACGGCGGACUGUAGUCACAGACAGUGAACCUUACAAUUAGCUGCAAAAUGUUCCUCCAGCUGAUUCUUUUUAGUAAUGCUAACUUCUCCAAACUUUUUUGAGAUUUGUUGAUGCAAACCAACUCAAGAGCUAAUGUUUUUUCUCAAAAUAUUUUCAGGUUAAACUUGUAAAAAUAUGGAUUCAUAACAUUUCGAAAUCAUUGCAUUCUGCUGUUAUUUUCAUUUUACAUACCAUCCCAACUUUUUUGGAACUGGUUCAGGUAGUUUUUUUUCUACUUUUAGCUCCAUAUUAUGUCACUGAGAAUGGAUAUCCCUUAUAUGGGCACCUAUGCUGUGCAGCCAAUAGGAAGAAAGUUGACUUAAAGGGGGGCGGGGGAGCUGAAACUGCUUCUUUCAGAUAGAGGAUGAACUACGGGGCUACAUCAAGGACCAGUAUAAGAUAAAAAAGGGUUAUUUUUAACCAGGGAUCCUUCAAAGCUACUCAGCAAAGCUAAGCAGAGUUCAAGAAUUAAAACAUGGAGCUGGACGUGAGCACCACCGGUGCCAUUUAAAGAAAGGUUAUCUUAUAAAAAGAUGAUUAAUGUGAGGGCUUUUUGUCCCUUAUCCACCCACAGCAUACCAAAUGAUCAGAGGUUAUUACACACACUUCCUGAAUUAUUCCUUGGAGUUUCAUUCUUACCACAAGUAAAUUCCCAGAAACACAACACAGAGUGCCAAUUGUAUUGGAAAAAAUGCAGAGUGAUGAAGUCCAAACCACUAUCACUAUUCUUUAGGAGGAAAUGCACAAAUGAAGUCACUGACAGUUUGGUGGAGAAACCACAGGAUUUUAUAAAUCAUACAAAACAAUAAGAGCAUUAUAGGACAUUAGCUGUGCCCAGAAACACAAGAGGACGUGGAGGACUGCCAAGGGCAAGAACAGUUUUCCUUCUUGUGUCCUUCUAAGGGACAUUUGUAAGAGUUCAGAGGGUGAAAGUUGUGUUGCUGUUACUAUCAGUCCAUCUUACGCUGGAGUUUUUAUGCAAAGCAAACAAUAAUAAAUACAGAAGCUACACUUAUCCUUAUAUCAAGUAUACAAAGCUUAUUUCUUUGAUUAAACACACACAUAGCCUGCCUUUGGUUGUCUAUUUUUCAGGUGUGCAUUUUAUAAGGUGUUGUACAUAUUUUUAAAUGGCUUGCACACUUUUUUUGCAGAUUCACUUUGCAUUUUUUUACAUUAUUUUCUCUUAUUUCUUAUCAUACAUGUUUUCCUUUGCAAGGAGGACACGUUUGUCAUCAACUCUAGUGUGGAAAUAUAAGUGUAUGUGUCUAAGCAUUGUGUAACCUUAACAGACUGUACAUAUUUUUGUGAUCUUUAAGAAUUGCCACUUCACUUCGCAAGGUACUGUAUAUGUUUUGUAUGUUUUGUCACGUGUGCUACAAAUACAGAUACCCAGUGUUAUACGGCUCACGUCAACAGUAUCGCUCUCAUCUGGAUUUGGUUUCUUUUAUUAAAUGAGCUGGUAUGCAUCAGGUUUUA